CUACUCCAACAUUGAGAAGAUAAUAUUCAUUCUCUACAGUGGAAGAAUCAUAUUUUACUAUGUCCUCCCGAUCCUUAUUAUUGAGGCAUUGUUGCCGCACAAAUCCUCCCAAUCCCAUCCUGUUCCGAUCCAGUCUGCCAACCCAGCAUCUUUCCCAACUCCGAUGUCUUGCAACGAGCCGGGUAGUUCCCAAGAUCCUGGAACCUUCGAUGUGGACCUCUUUGGUUCCGAAAUUCCUUCGAAACGGGAAUUGGCGUGGGACAGAGGCCGCAGGCCGAAAAUCUAGAGCGCCUAAUCCAGCUACAUUUUAUGUAAUCAUGUUCACUCUCAUCGGCUCUCAGGCAAUUCAUGCGAAAAUGCGGCUGCUGAAAGAAGUUAUCGAGCGAAUUCAGAAGGGGGAAGAUGUGGAUGUGAAGAGACUAUUGGGAACCGGGGACGAAGCAAAAGAAAGGGAGUGGGAAGAAGUGUUGAGAGAAAUUGAGCAGGAAGAAUCCCUAUGGCAUUCCAGGUCGAAGCGGACGCAACGCGGAGAUGCAUCAAAAUCCGAUGGUGAUCUUGAUGAUUCCCAACAGUCAACUACGCAACAGCAUGGGGAACCGGGUGAGACAACCAAGUAUCAACCAACCACUUCUAAUGAUGUAUCUACUGCGGAAAGGAGCAAGCCUCAACGACCGUCCAGUUUCUUCUAAACAUUCCGUCCCACACUAGUAUACGAAUUCGACAUCGACCUUGUUACAAAUUUUAAAAUGUCCUUGCUCCCGAAAUAAUCUCAGACAAAAUACCUCCCCACUAGUCAGAAACAUGUUCCUAGCGCAGCCCGUACAUCAUUAUGUUUGCUUGACACGCAAAAUUCAACUUACAUCCCUGACCAUGCUUGGCCUGUUCCAUCCAGUGGCCCCGUUGCACCUACCACCACCUCACUCAUCCAGACCGCCUCCAUGGAAUAAGCCUCGGGUUUUGCUCGGGCACUGAGCAUUGAUGUUGAACCUGACGCACUCACUUUUGCAUCGUUUCGUCUAUGCUGAUUCACCUGUCCGGGACCCCAGCAUAUGUAGCUAAUAACUAGAGAACUAGAAAGGCACCGAGAAGGCUCUGGGUUAAUUACUAUUAGCUUCAACGCUGCUGCAUGAGUUCUAAAUACCAAAGGGCUGAACAACCGAUAUGUCCAGGUUCUGCAGGGUUCGGUAUACUGUCGUCAGGCUACAGCGUGGGACAAUACAGGAGAACGCAGCUUGUGGUAGCCGU